CAAGGGAGGUUACCCCAACCUCACAAAGUGUUUAUAAAUAUGAGACGGGCGAAACGUCGUCAAUAUUCCGCUAAUGAUUGUAAUUACGCGAAGGUGAUUGAUUGUGUGUGCCGAGAGAAGAUGGGAUAAACGCAGCCCUUUCGAAAUGCAAGAUUCCAAGCCGAAAAUUACGGGUCCAAAACCAGUGAUUGCCUCGAAGCCGAAGUACGUGCCGCCCAUCAAUUUAAAGGCGCAAAAGAACGAUGAGUAUCGAGUUCCUAAGCCUUUACAACCCCCGGAAACGGCGACCUUUUACACGAAAACCCAAAGCGAGAGGCCGACGACGCUUUGCGACAGUUUCCAGCCCCAGGAGAGCUCAAAGAAAGCCCCAAAUUCACCCAGCACUGUCUGCUGCAGUAUCCUUUCGAAUGUCGGCAACGACUGCUGCCGAAUCAUGGUCAACCCCAACAAAAAGGAACUGAACGGUAAAACGAUGACCAAAAUGGAGUCGGUCGACUCGACCUCGUCGGACUCUGGCGGCUUCAAGGACUUCAUCCAGCGCGACGUCGCCGAGCUGAAGACCCACCAGAGGAAGUCCUCCCAGCCGGAGCUCGCCGAGCAGCCGACCAAGACCUUCACCCACCAACGCAAGUCCUCCCAGCCCGAGGACCCCCGUCCCGCGCACAAGCCCAACUUCGUCGUCUCCGCCCAGGCCCUCGAGCAAUUCCUCCCCCAGGCGGUCGACCUUCGACCGCGACCCCCGGACGACCGGUACCUGCCCAAGGUGGAGAAGCGCCAGCCGCUCAUACCGCCCAGCCAGUUCCAGAACACCACGCGAAAGCUCGAGGAGUUUCUCACGCAGCGAAUCGAAAGGGAGAAGAUGGGGCGGAAGGGAGGCUGCCUGCACGAUGGCGAGAACAGCGGCGAGCUCGACCAGAAGGCGAUGAUCCAGAAGCAGAUCCAGCAAAAGCUCCAGGCGGACCUGAAACGAACCGUUAAGCAAAUUCAAGAGAUUCAAAGCACCGAAUUGAGGCUGCCACAGAAUAGGAAGUGGAGCGAGAGCAACAGAAGCCAGCCGGCGAUCGGCCUCAAGCACACCCCAAAGUCAAGGGUGAGUAACUGUUUCUUAAUUGUCGAGCUAAUUAUACACGGUGGUGCAAUAUGUCUGAACCGAAUUGCUAAGCGCGACUGCGAGAUUCGUGCCGAAAUUGUAUUGAGCGUGAAGGAAGCGUUACUAAACAGAAAUUCCGCCCCCGACCACUCUCGUCGCUUUUAUGAUCGUCUCGUUUACAAAAAGAUUAAAAUGUUGCAAUUUUUGUAA